CUUUAUGUUUACCCUUUGGACUUUGUUUACAUCUUACGAAAGUCUCCAUAUCAAUUUUUUUUAUUGAUAUCGAUUAAAGUGAUUGAACAAGAUAGGAGCGAGCAAUCUUUCAUUUUGCUGUUUUCGCGCUGAAUAAGAUUCUUUAGAUAUAAUAUUUUUUUUUUCGCAGAAAUAAAAAAAAGAAGAAUGGCACGGGUACUUGUCGGUGUAAAACGAGUAAUCGAUUAUGCAGUAAAGAUUCGUGUCAAGCCAGAUAAGUCUGGCGUAGUUACGGAUGGAAUCAAACAUUCGAUGAACCCUUUUGAUGAAAUAGCCAUAGAAGAGGCUGUGAGAAUGAAGGAAAAGAAAAUAGCCCAGGAGGUGAUCGCGGUCAGUUGCGGACCGUCGCAAUCUCAGGAUGUGCUCAGGACGGCACUGGCAAUGGGUGCGGAUCGUGGAAUUCAUGUGGAUGUGCCUGGUCCCGAGUAUCAGACGUUGCAGCCUGUGCAUGUCUCAAAAAUACUGGCUAAGAUAGCGCAGGAGGAGAAAGUAGAUUUAAUAAUAUUAGGAAAACAAGCAAUUGACGACGACAAUAAUCACACAGCACAAAUGACUGCCGGAGUUUUGGAUUGGCCAUCUGGAACAUUUUGCAGCAAAGUUGAAAAUAACAACGGUGAAUUGACCGUUACACGUGAAAUUGACGGUGGGUUGGAGGUCGUCAAAAUGAAGACUCCCGCGGUUCUGAGCGCUGAUCUUCGUCUGAAUGAGCCGCGCUACGCGACUCUGCCGAACAUCAUGAAGGCGAAGAAAAAACCUAUAAAGAAGAUCAGUCCGAAGGAUCUCGGUGUGGACUUAACGCCGAGAAUUAAAAUAAUCUCGGUGGAAGAUCCACCCGUGAGAGAGGCAGGUGCCAUUCUGCCGGAUGUGGACACUUUAAUUGCCAAGUUGAAGGAAGGUGGCCACAUUCCUUCAGCUUAACGAUUAAGGUUUCUGAAUACUUAAGUGCGAAGCUCAUGUGUUCACGGUGGCGCUAUAAAUUGUGCAAUAGGUUUUCACAUUAAGACCUGUAUGUCGUUGUGGAGCGGAGAGGUCCUUGGUGAGAUUUCUCUUUCCCUCGGAACCUAACCGUGCCAAACAAUCGCCGUAGUGCGAAAACCUACUAUAUCCUUGUACAUUGCACCCAAAUUUAUUCAAAAAACAGUGAACGAGAAGUUAGAAAAAAAGAUUUUUUUCUUGUGUGCAAUAAUCUUAAUACCUUGACUCUCACAUGUCUUUAAACACAUUUGAUAAAAGAUGUCACAUAUUUUGUCUUACUACUUCGACGAUUAGAUGUUAAGAGAGCGGUUGCUGGCAGCUGAAGAGCAACGGUAUACGAAAAGGAAAAUCCUCCAUUGUAACUUUCAUGUCCCGUGAUUCGCGAAUAAAUUGAGUGCAAUGUACAAAAUAAUGAACGAUUAUGUAGAUAAAAAUUUUUACCUUGCAUAUUUGUACCUUUGCAAAGAGAGACAAGUGUUAGAUAAUAUUACAUUUAAUAAAUACUGCAUCUAUAUUCUUUAUACACGUAUACAUACAAUACAUAUAUGCAAAAUAUA